GUCACUUCCUGGGCAACAACACAGUGAUGAUGUGCUGAGGAGUCAGGGCUAUGAAGUGGAGCACACUCCUGCAGGGCAGCCCAUUAACAGUCGAUCGAUAUCGGCCCCGGACCAGACGGGUCAUUCUCUGGGUCAGAACCUGGACGAGUCCCCUUACCUGGAGCCAUUCCUUCACGAGCUUCAUGAUGAGGAGCAACAGCACCCUCUGCAGGACAACCCACGACCCAACGUACUGCCGCCUCGUCACUCCCACAGCCUGCAGCUGAUGGACAAGAUGGACCGCAAGCUGAAGAAGAAACGGCGUAACAAACAGAGGAAACACCAGAGAAACGGACAGUUUAAUGACCUCUGGGUUCGCAUCGAAGAGAGGUGAGAUGGUUGUGCUGUGUGUUACUGAUCUAGUGAGAAAAACCCUAAAGAUUUUAGUACUACAAUGAUAUAAGUGUACAGUCAGUUGGGUCGUAGGUUCAAUUCCCACAGAGAUCGCUUUGGAUAAAAGCAUCUGCUAAAUGGUAUAUAUUAAAUAACUAUGGGUGAUGAUUAGCAUACUAGCAUCUUAUUGGGUCGGCAGGUAGACUACUGGUUAGAGUGUUGGGCCGGUAACCGAAAGGUUGCUAGAUCGAAUCCCCGA